GGCCGCCGGGUACGUAGAACUCUCUCCUACUACACAGGCUUCUUGAAACAUCAGACGUCAUCAUGGCUUUAUUCACCAAGGCUUGGGAGUCAGUAGGUUUUCUCCAGACCAUCAACUCUGUGGUUCUGGGGCUCGUGGCUCAGGUCAGUGACUCCGCAUCCACAGAGGAAAUCGAGUUUGUGAAGAAGACUUUGGAGUCCAUUGACCGUCAGCUGGCAAUAGGAAAGGGCUUGAUGAGAGAUUGUGAUGUCACCAGGUGUGAAGAUGACAUAGUGGUGGUCUAUCAGCAGUUGGCAGCCAUUGUCCGUGCCGGAAAAUCUUACAAAGACAAAGAGAAAGAAGUGUUCAUACAAUACGUGUAUGACUACAAGAUCGAACGGCAGCUAAACGCACUGUACAAUCGACUUCUUGGAGUCUCUGUCCUGGCAGACCAAGUCACUCUCCUACAGCAGGUGAUAAGAGACCACCACCCCCGCCGCUGGGAGAUGAUCGCCUUCUGCCAGCAGGUUAACUUCGUCCUGGCCACCGGCCUGCUCUGCCUCUUUGUUCAUGGAUCUCUUACAGGAAGAGACACCCAACUCAUGAUGGGCAGGUGGACAGACAAAAUGGCUGCUCUUUAUAGGAGAAUGGAGGACACCUCUAGAGACUGUGCUGCAUACUUCAGGGAGCAGGCCCAGGAGGAUGUUGAAAAGUAUUUGCCCCUCAAUGAGUCAUUACCAGAUGAAGAAAAAGCUUCCAGCAUAUUGAAAUUGAUGGAGAAGAAUUAUGACUGGCUGCGCUGGGCUGUCAUGGUCUCUCGACCACCUCAAAACAAGGAUGGAGAGGUAUUGGUGAAGGGAAGUUACAUCUCCAUUCUGGGGGAUUGUGGAACUCAGGUGGUGCUGAGCUAUAGUGAGAAUCCAGUGUCCCUGGACAAGGGAAAGGUCAACCAUCUGAUUGGUGAACUAGAGUGGAAACUUCCCAACCCUCCCCCUGAUGUCUAUGCCAAUAUUGAGGCAGAUCCAGGUUAUGCUAAGAGGUACCUCGCCCAGCGCAUGCUCAAGAAGUUGUCGGAGGGCUUAAGCAAGGCUGUCACCAUACACACUGUGCCGGGGAAGCUGGAGAUGAGCGGCAACUUCCCUCCGGCCUCCUACGUAUUGUAUGAGUACAAGCACCGGAUGGCGUCCGGGACAGUGUGCAUCUUCGGCUAAACAUGUAAAGGUUGUAUGAACAAUAAUUGUAUCUUUUUUUUUGUUAGUGUU